GACCCUCAGCACUAAUUAUUAUCGACAGUUACAGCUAGUAUAAACUAGAUUUAUCAGUUACCUAAGCUCCAUAAAUACCAAUCGAUAUGCUAGUACAUGACCAGAGACGUAUCGAUUGGGUUAACGAAAAGACAGAAUCGAAAUAUUUGAGAAGGACAAUGAGCAACUCGCACUUGAAGAAGGCAGUUUGUGUAACUGCUGUCGGUAUAAUAGUAUCGGUGAUGGCGCUUUCCGAUGUGAAUCAACGCUGUAUAGCAGAGAAUAAUGGCACCAUAUCGAACGACUUCCUACUUGGAACUUGGUACUUCGUCUACCAAUUUGAUCACAUUGGUCCAAUUCCAACAUGCACUUGUCCUAACACCACAUUCACAAGACCUACAGAAGAAGAACUCAGUGGAUACCGAGCUAAAUAUGGUUCAUAUGAUCUUCCUCACAAAAUUACCGAAGAUUCACUUGUUGCCGAUAGAGGAUAUAUUAAGGGUUUAAUUCUUGGAGGCUUAGAAACGAAGACGUAUAUAAUCGACCCUAAGUCUGUGAUGAGCAGUGGUCCUGAAGGGUACGAAGUGUAUGUCUACAGGCGUAUCAAUGAAAAAUUUGCGUUCUUCUGGCGCUGUGCCAUGAGAGGACAUGUUCGAUAUCUGAUGACAAACGACAGGAAUGCCACUGAAGAAGAAAAGCAGCUUGCCAUUAAAGACCGAAGUGAAGUAUUCAACAUGCUAAUUCGAAAAUAUUGUGUUGAUAUCUGUUACUAAUAAAUAAACACAGCUUAAACUAC